AUGUACCAAAGCAUGGGCCAAGCAACCCCGUACAGUUCUCUGUCGGACAUCUACCCAAAUCAAUACAACUCUCCCGUAAUGUCUCCCUCUUCUGCGCCCAUCACAGGCAGUCCUCUUGGUUGUGAGCCCUACAGCACACACCAAAGCUCUCUUGGAAGUCCAAGCCCCACUCAUACCCCUACUCAAAUAAACGCUCAGACAACAAGACCCAACUCCACUUCCACUUCGAGUCCUAUUUCCACGUCUACCUCUAGUCCCAGUCCUAGCCACAAUAGCCACCAACCCACAAACAACACAACCACAACCACAAACACUCACUAUAGCACACCUACAUCUACAUCUACUGGCACAUCUACAGCCACAGCUACAUCGACACCUACCCCUACACACACAUCAACAUAUACUCCAGCAUCGUACCUCUCAUCACACUGGUCUUCUCCCGGAUUGUCUUGGUCAGCCAGUCCUCCGCUUCCAGUCACAAGCUACCAACCCAAUCGACCAUACUACUCAAACCUGAACAGUUCGUGUUUUUCCUCGACCACUUCUCUCACCGGUCUACCGAUCCAAAGACCAAAGCUCACCACAACAGUAUGGGAGGAUGAAUCUACAGUGUGUUACCAGGUAGACACUCAAAAUGUGUGUGUUGCACGAAGACAAGAUAAUGAUAUGAUCAAUGGUACCAAAUUGCUCAACGUGGUGGGCAUGUCUCGAGGCAAGCGCGAUGGAAUCCUAAAAAAUGAAAAGGGCCGGGUGGUAGUCAAAGUAGGAGCAAUGCAUCUCAAGGGUGUUUGUUUAAUAAUUAUCCAGAAUAAAAAAGAAAAGCAUCCUAACAAGUCUAAUAGGAUUACAUUUUCACGCGCCCGAUACUUGGCCAUGAAAUUUAAGAUUUAUGAUCUGCUGUUCCCCCUCUUCACAGACGAUCCAUCGGCCUAUCUGCUGGUCUCCCUCGAUCACCCGGCCAACAAGAAUCUCCACACAGCAAAAGGCACCAAGACUACUUGUGAAUCGAUAUGUGCUCCAUCAUGGGACACCUCACACACCACAGGCCUACCCAGGCUUUCUCAGUCUGAAGGCAAGCAUUCUCUUUUAUAUAUAUAUCUGUGUGUGUUGUCUCUACCUCAUCCGUUUACAUAUAGCCCUGUCCCUGGAUUGCUGAGUUCUCACUUUUUGCAAGACACACCUAUGUACAUGCAGUGUGAGCGAACACUUCAAAGGACAAGUUUCAGUGAGUCUGAAGACUACAAGUACAAGUACUCUGUUGGUGGUUCUCAGAAUGAAUCAUCUUUGUACCAUUUACCCAAGUCCUUGCACACCUUACAGUUGACCGAUCUCCCUUCAACGUUUGGCAUGGAACAGACCUUGGGUAAACACAAACAAAAGGAUCUAGAGAGUGCCUUUCAGAUCCAUUUACCCGAGAAGAAAGUCAAAAAAUACAUCAAAAAGAACUAA